AGUGGACAGGUUAGUGCUACUAGCAGUGGCAGCUACCAGUUCUGCGGCAGAUGCCAGUACUGCACGAACACUAAACGCGAACUUCCUUCGCAAAACUUAAUCAUUUGCCCCUGACGCUGCACUCACUAAUCGAUCUCAUCUCGCCGCGGCGGGCGAACACUAAAAAUAAAUAUGCCUCGCACGCCCACUACCAUUCAUUAACUCAGAGUGGCUGCGGCGAGUCGUGAGAUAUGUCGCGGUUCAUCUGGUUUAUCUAUUUGGCAAGUGGCCUGUGCGUGCUUUGCACCGCCUCGAUUGAGAAUGUGAUUCUCACUGGGAGGAUCACAAGCAAGUCGCCGGCUGCCAACCUGCCAGGCGAAGUAAACGUUUUGCAAUUGAUGAAUGUUUCUGCAAAGGAUCCCGGUGUUUCAUUAGUGGAAGGAGCAAUUCUGAAAUAUCCGGCGUAUAAAUUCCGAUUGCCAUAUGAAAAUGUCCCCCUGGCUAAUUCCAGCGCCAUUACCGAGGCAAUGAUGGCCGAAUCUGGAUUCACCGUACUCUUUUUAUAUCGCCAACAGAAAAAUAACCUCGGCACUUUAAUCUCAGUUAAUUCUCCGGGAAAAUUAACACCGUGGUUUCAAAUAAAUUCGAAUCUAAAAACGAACACACUAACAGUCCGAUAUAUUCUUGUUGGCACACAUAAUUUACGUCAAAUUGACUUCAAGCUACCGAAACAAUUCCAUCGGAAGUCAUCAUUAGCCGCAUGGUUGUGGGUUGGAUUCACGUUUGAUUUUAAAACCGGCACAGUACGAUUGGAUCUGGAUUGUCUGCCGAGUCAGUUUGAAUUGUUGAAUUCGAAAAGAAAGCAUCAGCGCAUCACGCUCACGUCGGAUUCGCUGGUCUACUUUCGACAAGAGCCUGGCCGCAAGAAAAAGUUUUUGGGAUCCAUGCAAGUGGCGAAGAUACUUCCCUAUAUUACCGAGCAACGACCCUGGACAUGUCUGCAGAUUCUUGAACAUAAUAAGCACAAACCUUUAGUCGACUGAGCUUUGCAAACUUCAAUUUAUUCAUAUGAUAUAAAAUUGAAUAUAGUGAGACAUUUUUAUUAAUACGUACUUUUUGUGUUCUUUUUUAAAUAAUUAAAUAUUGGAGAAAUAAUA